AUGUACGACCCGCCCGCGUCACCGGGGCGAUUCCGAUACCCCGCGCCCCUCGACGAGGAUGCCGACGACGAGCCUCCUACGACGCCCGGCGGCGACUCCCUGUUCACCACCACCGCAAACCCGCUCACGAAGCCGCCUCUCAAAGCCUUCGCCGGUUCCUGGGCGCAGGACGCGCCGCGCUCCCCGCUGAAGCGCGCCAAGGUUGGCAGCGACGACGCCGCGACGCCGACGAAGCUCACGAAGAGCCCCGCGCGCAGGAGGGUGCUCUCCGAUCUCUACGGGCGUCUCACCGUGGCGACGGAGCGCGAGCCCAGCGGUGAGGACGUGGCCUCCACUGAGCAGGGAACCGACGCGACUGGAGAGACGGGGGGUGAGCGCGGGUCGCAGAGGCGGGCUUGCGCGCCGCUGAGGGUGGCGUGUCGCCCCCCGAGGAGGUCCGAGGACAGGCCGAAGGUGAUCCAGCUCCUCACGCCCGUCUCGGCGGCCAGGCUCGCCGAGGACUUCGCCGGGCUCCCGUCGCCGCUCUCCGUGCCGUGGUAA